CGCGUUUCCGCACUGUGGCCCGUUUUCUUCUCCCUGUAUAGGCAGGGCGCCUAGGGAGUCGAUACUCCCGAUGUGAUGCCGACCGAAGGGGCAGGAAGUGGGCUUCCAAAUGCCUAGUGUCGCGGGUAGGAUCUGCUUCUGCUUGGGAAGGGCGGUGGCCGUCCCAUUACUCAGCCCUUGAUUUACUGGUCCUCCCAGUUCCCUCCCCUCAGCGGAUAAAGAAACACCAGCGCGUGACUCGACCGACUCAAAAACAGCUUCACCUACUUAAAAAAGUUGUUUCCUCCUCAUCCCCUUCCGUAAACUUUACUGCCAGCGCGUAUUGGAACUCUUUCCAAUCCCUUGCUCAAACAGGAGAUCGGGGUUGCGGGGGCGGCGAGUGGCGGCGCGAUGGACCUGGCCGGGAUACUGCUGGACGAAGAAGGCACCUUUUCCCUCACCGGCUUCCAGGACUUCACGUUCCUCCCCGGGCACCAGAAACUGAGUGCUCGGAUCCGAAGGAGACUGUACUAUGGCUGGGACUGGGAAGCUGACUGCAGCUUGGAGGAACUCUCCAGCCCUGUGGCAGACAUUGCCGUGGAACUGCUCCAGAAGGCGGCCCCCAGCCCGAUUCGCCGACUCCAGAAGAAAUACGUAGCUCAUGUGUCCCGGGAGGCGUGCAUCUCCCCAUGUGCUAUGAUGCUUGCCCUGGUGUACAUCGAGCGGCUCCGGCAUCGAAACCCCGACUACCUACAGCACGUUUCAUCUUCUGACUUGUUCCUGAUCUCCAUGAUGGUGGCCAGUAAGUACCUCUAUGACGAAGGGGAGGAGGAGGAGGUAUUCAACGAUGAAUGGGGAGCUGCAGGGGGUGUGGCGGUGCCCACUCUCAACGCCCUGGAGCGGGGCUUUCUGAGUGCCAUGGAUUGGCGUCUCUACACUGACCCUCGGGAGAUCUUUGAGGUGCUGAGCUGGCUGGAGAGCUGUGUGGCUGCGCAGCAGGGGCGGCGGCGGGGCUGGUACACCUACACAGACCUGUGUGUGCUGCUGGAGCAGCCGGCUUGGCAGUUGGCCCUGGGCUCCCUCUGCCAGCGCCUGGCAAAGCUGUCCUGCCUGUUGGCCAUGGCAUAUGUGAGCAGUGUGGCCUUGGCAGUGGCCUCAGUGGCUGUAAUUCACCAGUCCUUGGGCCUGUCCUGCAGCCCCUCACCAGGCCCUCCAGACCUUGGACUGGCCUCCAGGAGCCUCUUGGAACCCUGCACACCUUCCGUGCCGCAGUGCCUGCCAUGUCCUAUUAACAUCUCCAGUGGCCAAGAAGCACUUUGCCAAGAGCCGGAUCAUGAUUUUGGAACAUCAGGUCACCCGCCGUGGCGCAGCUUGUGGUACACCAGUGGCCAGGAAAGCAGCGGUAUCCGUUGGCGUCAUAGCUGCUGCAUCCAGGUUGAUGCCAAGACAAGAAGCAAGCAGGGCAGCAUGAGCCGAUCAUCCCCCCACCCCAUCCAACUCCAGUCCACGGGCCCCCAGAAUGCCCCGGUUCCCCUGCUGCUGCCGCCGCUGCCGCCGCCGCCACCACCGCCGCCGCCGCCGCCGCCGCCGCCGCCGCCGCCGCCGCCACCUGAUGUACAAAAUCCCUCCUCUCACCCUUGGGCCUCUCAGUGUGGGCCUCCUCCCUGGGGCCUCAGCUGUCUUCUGGCUCUGCAGCAUAUCUUGGUCCUGGCUUCUCUGCUCUGGGCCUCCCACCUGCUCCUGCUUCGAAGUCUCCUCCCGGGAGAGCUCUCAUACUCCCCUGCCCAGCUCUUGGCCUCCAGCCUCUUUUCCUGUGGUGUAUCCACCACCCUGCAAGUCUGGAUAGGCAGCAGGCUCCCUCUUGUCCAGGCUCCAUCCUUAGAGUUCCUUGUCCCUGCUCUGGUGCUGACCAGCCAGAAGCUACCUCUGGCCAUCCAGACACCUGGAAACUCCUCCCUUGUGCUGCGCCUGUGUGGGGGGUCUGGCUGCCAUGGCCUGGGGCUCUGGAACACUUCUCUCAGAGAGGUGUCUGGGGCUGUGGUGGUAUCCGGGCUGCUCCAAGGCACCCUGGGGUUGUUGGGGGGUCCUGGCCACUUGUUUCCCCACUGUGGACCUCUGGUGCUGGCCCCCAGCCUGAUGGUGGCAGGCUUCUCUGCCCACAGGGAGGUGGCCCUCUUCUGCUCUACUCACUGGGGCCUGGCCUUGCUGCUUAUCCUGCUUGUAGUGGUCUGUUCUCAGCACCUGGCCUCCUGCCAGUUACCCCCCUGCCCCUGGAGGCCAGCUUCAAACUCUUCCCCUCAAGCUCCCAUUCCCGUCUUCCGGCUCCUCUCGGUGCUGAUGCCAGCGGCCUGUGUGUGGAUCAUCUCCGCCCUUCUGGGUCUGCGCGUCAUCCCCCCGGAGCUGUCUGCCUCCCCUGAGGUGCCAUGGGUCUGGCUGCCUCACCCAGCUGAGUGGGACUGGCCCUUGCUGACACCCAGGGCUCUGGCUGCGGGCAUCUCCAUGGCUUUGGCAGCCUCUGCCAGCUCCCUGGGCUGCUAUGCCCUGUGUGGCCGACUGCUGCAGUUGCCAUCCCCACCUCCACAUGCCUGCAGUCGCGGGCUGAGCCUGGAGGGUCUGGGCAGCGUGCUGGCUGGGCUGUUGGGGAGCCCUAUGGGCACUGCCUCCAGCUUCCCCAACGUGGGCACAGUGAGUCUUAUCCAGGCUGGCUCUCGAAGAGUGGUGUACUUGGUGGGGCUGUUCUGCAUGGGGCUUGGGCUCUCCCCGAGACUGGCCCAGCUCCUCACCGCCAUCCCACUGCCUGUGCUUGGUGGGGUCCUUGGGGUGACCCAGGCCGUGGUUCUGUCUGCUGGAUUCUCCAGCUUCCACCUGGCUGACAUUGACUCUGGGCGGAAUGUCUUCAUUGUUGGCUUUUCCAUCUUCAUGGCCCUGCUGCUGCCAAGAUGGCUUCGAGAGGCCCCGGUCCUACUGAGCACAGGCUGGAGCCCCUUGGAUGUGUUACUGCGCUCGGUGCUCACAGAGCCCAUCUUCCUGGCAGGAUUCUUGGGCUUCCUUUUAGAGAACACCAUUCCUGGCACAAGGCUUGAGCGAGGCCUAGGUCAAGGGCUGCAAUCUUCUUUCACUGCCCAAGAGGCUCAGCUGCCUCAGAAGUCCAGAGAGAAGGCUGCCAAAGAGUAUGAGCUUCCUUUCCCCACCCAAAACUUGCGUAUCUGUAUCCCCCAGCCCCUCCAUUGCCUCUGCCCGCUGCCUGAAGACCAUGGGAAUGAGGAAGGAGGGCCCUCUGAGCCAGGAGAGACAGCUGAUUUGUUGCCUGGCUUUGCGGAGCAGUGUCCUGAGUCUAGCAGAGAACUUGGGUCCCAGUGAUUACCGGGAGUCCUACUCCUUCCCUGGUUAGUUUACCGUAUCUCCCAGCUUGCUGGAGAGUCAGCUCCCAAGUUCUAAUUUCUCCUAAGAAGAAGGUGUGUGUUUGCGCAUGUGUGUGUGUGUAUGAGAAAUGGGCCCACCUAAAGGUCUCAUUUCCCAAUAGGUGUGUUGCCUUUCCUUUUCUUAAUUAGGCCUAACAACAACAACAAAAAUUAGUUAGGCCUAACUGUUCCACGUUCCAGGCAAGGGCCACGGUUUAGUGGGCUGUGAUAGAAUGAAUGAGAUUCUGCAUCUGAACUAUCUAUGGUCAAACCCCAGCAUUCACUUAACAAAUAUUUAUUGAAGGCCUUCCAUGUGCAAGGUUCUGGAACUACAGAUGCGGAUAACAUAGGGUCCCUGCCCUCUUAAGGAACCUAUCAUUAUAAAGACCUAUGUAAUUACUAACUAAAAUCUAAGGUAAAGGCGGCCUGUAAUAAA